UAUGGGUCAAGUCUCCUCACUCCAGUUGACCCGAUUCUCCCCUUCCCCACGCCUCCCACCGUCCCACGAUGCCCAGCACUUUACCAACCAGAUUCCCCUCCCGCUGCACCACCACAAUGAGAUCCCCACCAUCGCCGCUCGCCGGCCACAAGAAGCCAUGGUAGUGCAGCCACCUCAAACCCGUAGCAGAGUAGCAGCUUGAACUUGAAGAGGAGGGUCUUCCAAGUCUUGGUCUCGACGGCCGCGCAUUUGCAUCUGACUGUCGCCGCAAUACGUCUUUCUGUGGCAAGAAACUGUGAUGAAGCAAGUUGGUGGAGAGAUUCCAACAUUCUUAGUGGUCUGAGUAUUAAUGUGCUAUUAGUUUGCACACAACUCUUUGGGAAAAGAGAGCAUCUGAAGAAUGAAUAAUUCUUGCAACAAAAUCAUACUGGCAAUGCGGGGCGCCAACUAAUGUGCAGGACCAUGGAGUGAUGCGCUUAUGGAAUAUAAACUGUUUCCUCCCUUUUCAUCUCCCUAGUUUACCCUGCCUCUGGCAUGACCCUUAUUUUCUAUUUUGCUUUCUCGACAUGAGGGAUGGUCUAAAACAUGCAGCAACAUUUUUUUUUCUCACUUUUGGUUGAAAUGUUGGCCCUGACAAUUUUUCUGACUUGCACACAACCACACAGGUUCCUGUUUGUGUGCACGUUGCAUUUAGCGUAGGAUUUUCCUUCAGCGUCUUUUUGUUUUGUACAAAACUUAAACCUGUUUUUCCAUCUUGGGUACGUGUCUACUGUCCAGACAGCAGAGAAAGGAAGAGAAGUGUUGAAUACUUGAAUUGGACAUGCACUGGUUGAUUCAAGGAUGUAAAAUUGGUGCGAUGUUUGGGACCCAAAAAGAAAACAAUUUUUUAGAUUAAAAUACAAAUUCUAUCAGGAUAUUCUUAUAAGCAUAAUCUUCACUAGGUAGUGCUAUUGCUGAGCAUGUUGGUGCAGACCUUUUACAAAUAUUCUAUCAGCCAUUCUGUACCAUUCUGUAUAGAAACUUUGCUAGUACAAAACAUUGUACAAACCUGUCUAUAUACACCUAUGCCAUGCUUCUUUAUUUGUUGGUUGAGUCUGGUAACUGUAGUUAUCUCAAAAGAAAUGUUAAUUGAGCAUAAUAUUUGCAAAAGUAGUCAACUUCGAUGGUGCCUACCUACUGCCUAGGCUUGGCAUUCGCCAUCGCAGUCAAAGCUGGAUGAUACCCAACUAAUCCAUAUUAAGGACAUCUUAAUUAGUGUGAUAAGCUUUCACUGUUUAAGAAAUAUGGUAUGAAAUCAACUACUCCAAGAUGCACUACUUUUAUAAUAUAUUACUGAACUUCCUGAGGCAACCAAUUAUGCUGUUCAUAAGCAAUCAUUUUGGUUCCAUCUGAAAACUUGUGCAAUCAUUCUAUCCCAUAUUCCCACUUGAUUCAUUUUCCUUUUGAAUAUGCCUACUUUAUUAUGGUGUUGGGUUAGGUGCAUAUCCCUUGACCUAGAGGCGUGGUUUUUAAUGAUUGAAUUAGUAGAGGCUGAAAGACAAGACUUAGUGAGUCUGCAGCUAAAUUGUUUUGUCAUGAUCUCAUCUCUCUUACAGGUGAUGCUGGAUGUUUACUAAUGUCGAGAUGUUUUGUGGUUGAACUCACCUUUUACAUUUCCACAUCUAGGUACCCAGAUGAUGAACAAUUCUGAGGAAUAUCAUCAUCAGGUGUUAGCUGCUACCACAAAAUAAACGCACAAGACAGCGAGAGAGAGAGCAAUGGCGGACCUAGUGCUUGGGGUCGCCAAGUCGUUGGUGCAAGGGACGCUUACCAAGGCCCAGUCAGCUAUCGAGGAGGAGUCAAGGCUGCGACAGAGCACACAGCGGGACCUGGUAUUCAUCGCUGGAGAGUUCCAGAUGAUGCAGUCCUUUCUCAGCGUCACAACUGAGGAGCAUGUCAGGAAUAACAUUGUUAGCACCUGGGUGACGCAGGUCCGUGACCUUGCCUACGAUGUUGAGGACUGCAUCGAAUUCGUUGUACACCUGGACACAAAGUCUGAUUGGUGGCUCCGCUCAAUCAAGUGCUGCAAUUGCAUGGCACCUGCACUAUCCCUGGAUGAGGCCAACGCGGACAUUGAGCAGCUGAAGGCAAGGGUCCACGAUGUGAGCCAGAGAAACAUCCGCUACCUCAUUGGUGACUUUGUCCCCAAACCCAUUACGGAGAUGAAUCAGCCAGGAGCCACCGGUCCAUCUUCUAGCAUGCUUGCCAAAACAAGGGACACAGCCUGGAUGCAACGAGACGUCGAAGAGCUGACCAAUUUGAUCACCAAGAAAGGAAACGGCCUUGAAGUGAUCUCAGUAUGGGUAACGGGUGGCGACUCUGUGGCAACAUCUAUCACAAGGAAGGCCUUUGACGACCCAAAUGUCUGGGGAAACUUCACAUGCCGUGCUUGGGUGAAGCUAUUGCAUCCUUUUAACCUCCAUGACCUCAUCAGGAGCUUGUUGGAUCAGUUCUAUGCAAACUUCCGUGAAGUGCAGCAAGAAGCAAUCGUUGGGAUUAGUCUUGUUCAGGAGUUCAUGCAGCAAGUGAACAACCAAACCUACCUCAUUGUCCUGGAAGAUGUGUCCACCAUGGUAGAGUGGGAAGCCAUUCGAAAGUACCUUCCAGACAGGGGGAAUGGGAGUCGUAUUGUUGUGUCUACACAGCAGUUUGAGAUCGCAAGCUUCUGCACAAGACUUCCAUACUUCCAACGGUUCUCAGCUGAUCAGUCAUUUUGUUUCUUUUUUAAGGAGGGUCUUCAAUCUGAUGGAGGCAAGAACAAGGCAACUGAUAGGGGAAUUUUAAUUGACCAUUCCCCUCUGAUGGGACGCAUUCCAGAAAUUGACGAACUUCCUAAGUAUCCAGCUUUGGCACGUGUGAACGCUUUGCAUGUGAUGUCCGUGUGGGGGGUAGCUGGUGCUGGGAAGUCUGCUCUUGUUAGAAAUCUGUACCACAAAAAGGUGCAUAUGCUUCAGAAUAAUGAAUUUGAUAAGCAUGGUUGGGUGGACGUGUCCUAUCCAUUCAAUUUAAGGGUUUUCUGUCUCAGCUUACUUUUGCAAUUCCAUUCACAUUCUCCCAAAGCAAACGAAGCUAUAUACUGCAGCACGAGAGGAAUCAGAGACCCCAUCGAAGAGUGUCACAACCUUCUAAAGGAUCACCGGUGCCUUGUUGUUAUUGACAAUCUCAAGUCCACAGAAGAAUGGAACUUGAUACAAGCUGCCUUGGUAUCAAGACGCUCUCAAAGCAUUAUUAUUGUAAUUACAAAUGAGGCAAGCCUUGCCUUACACUGCGCAGACAGAAAGGAGCUCGUGUUUAAUGUCAAAGGUCUGGAAAUUGGUGCAGCCAUCGAUCUCUUCAAAAAGGAGGUGAGUAAGAAUAAUUUUUUCCCAGUAGACGAUAUUGCCAAUGACAAGGAGCUACGACAACUUAUAUCAAAGUGUGGUGGACUUCCAAAAGUAAUAGUUGCUAUAGCUGACUCUUUGGCUGAAGUAUACAACUGGGCAGAAAGAACCAGAGUUUUGAAUGACCAAUUUAUAACAAACCUGGAGACAGGGCAAGAGUUUUCUUGUUUACAGAGCCUAUUUGGCUGGAUACAUUCCUACUUUCGUUCUUGCCCAGAUUUCCUGAAGCCUUGUAUAUUCUAUCUAUCAAUCUUCCCCAAGUCCCAGGUCAUCCGGAGGCGGCGUUUGGUGAUGAGAUGGGUCACAGAGGGUUACUCCAAGGACAAGCCCAACUAUACUGCAGAGGAGAAUGGGGAGGAACUCUUCUCUAAGAUCAUUGAGCUGAGCAUGAUUCAACCACCAGAGCAGGCAAUCAUUACAAACAUGAGAAUGAUUAGGUUCCAAGUCAGUGCUUUCUUCCAUGAAUACAUCAUCUCGAGGCCAAAAGAGGAGAAUGUUACCUUUGCACUGGAGGUCUUUGCGCUUGCGGGAUGCUGCCGCCAAACCACUGGGCGCACAGGACGGCACCUUGUUAUAGAGGAAAGCUGGGAUAGAGACAGGAUUGUGUUUGAGAGCAUUGACUUCUCUCGGCUACGCUCCUUCACAGUGUUUGGGAAAUGGGAAUCAUUUUUCAUCUCUCCAAGUAUGAAAGUGCUUCGGGUGCUUGAUUUGGAGAAUGCAUCAGGUGUCACGGAUGAAGACCUAAAGAAGAUUGUAAACCUUCUGCAUCGCCUAAAGUACCUAUCUCUGAGGGGAUGCAGUGAGAUCCGCCAUCUGCCAAGUACUCUGGGUCAUCUGAGGCAACUCCAGAUUCUUGAUGUCAGAAACACCUCCAUAGUCACAUUUCCGGCGUCCUUCACCAAGCUAGAGAAGCUGCAGUACAUCCGAGGCGGCACUACCACCCUUGCCGACCUCACGAGUCCUCAUAAACGAGUAGGCGUUGAGCUGCAUGCUGGGAUUGAAAAGCUGACCGCAUUGCACACGAUUGGGGUUAUUAAUGUCGAUAUUCCAAGGGGGAAAGCCAUCCUGAGUGAGCUCAGGAAGCUCACUCAACUGCGGAAGCUCGGAGUAUUCGGUGUAAAUAAAAAUAACAGCAAUCAGUUUUGUUCUGCCAUCUCAGAUCAUGCUCAUUUGGAAUCCUUGUCAGUGUGGAUAAAUAAGAACAGUCAAAAUUGUUUGGAUGGCAUCUCCAGCGACACCCCGCCUCUGAAGAACCUACAGAGCCUUAAGCUAUUUGGCCUUGUAAACAAGUUGCCAGUAUGGAUCUACUUGCUUAGAAAGAUAAAAAAGUUGGUUUUGGAGAUAACUACCCCAGCAGAACAUGACAUGGCUGUGCUUGGUGGUCUCCAAGAAUUAUGUGUUUUGCGCCUCUGUGUCAAGCCUAUUCAAGCUGGCAAACUCAAUUUUCUAGUCAAGACGGUGGAAGGAGUAGAGGUCCUGUCCUAUGAAAAGGUCAAGGUCCUCGAGAUUGCUUGCAGCUCCCCGUUACAUGUAACUUUUGGAUCAUUAGCAAUGAGAAGUCUUGAGCAGCUGACAGUUCACUGCUGCAGUGAGUUGACGUUGCCAUUUGAUGAGAUAAGAAAUCUCACUAAACUCAGGGAAGUCCGGCUUAUUGGUUCCCAAGAUGAUGCACUCAAGAAACAAUUGGAUGAACAGCUCAAACUCCAUCCAAAUAAACCUGCUUUGAAGCUUGGGUGACCGUGUACUGAAGUAGAGACAAUUGUCAUCUGUUCUACCUUGUGGGUUCGCAGGAUUACAUGGCAGGUGCUCUUGAGAUCAUCUUUGUUCUCUCUAUCUCUCUCCCUCCUCCCUCUGUAAGGCAUCUCCUUGCUUUUUUAGCUUGAGUUGUCAUUUUCAAAUAAUCAGUACGAUUGUUCUGGACCGGCAGGAAAAGCGAAAUACUUUCACGGGAUUAAGUCUGGUUCAUUGGACUUGUACUGACAAGGCUCAGCUCAUAUAUGUGCCAAUAAAAAUGGUGUAAACCAUAUGUGUGUAGUAGGAUCGGAUAUGCAAAUUGAUGUGGGAGUUUAGUUGUGUUGCUGUAAUUUUUUUUGAAAUAAAGUGUUGCUGUAAUUUGAUUGGGUACUAUCAAUGGCAUUUAAGUAUCUAACGUUUCUCCA